AUGGCCACUGGUAAUAUUGUGGCGAAAUCUUGUUUUAGAUGUGACAAAAGUAUUCAAACUUUCACAUGUAAUGGAUGUCAUCAAACAUUUUGUCUUCAUCAUAUAGAUGAACAUCUUAAAGAACUUUCUCAACAAAAGCAUAAUAUUGAACAAAAACAUGAUGUUCUCAAACAAGAUCUACGUCAACAGACGAUUAGCAAAACAUUACUAGAAAAAAUAGACCAAUGGGAAAAGGAAUCUAUUGAAAAGAUUCAAUAUGCUGCUCAAACCGCGAGAACUAAUUUGCAACGAUUCACUGGAAAAUUAGAUAAUGAUAUGUGUGAUUUGAUCAAUAAACUAUCAGAUGAAUUGCGUUUAACUCGAGAAGGAUCUGAGUAUUCCGAAAAUGAUCUACACCGAUGGAUGAAACAAAUCGAAGAACUUCAAAUGAAAUUUGAAAAAUUAUCAAAAAUCGAAUUGUUCCAUGAGAGUUUUUCAUCAGUCCAUCUUAUACAAAUCAAAAUUCCGGAUGAAAGAGAAAAUAAUAAAAUGAGCUCGAGACUUUCGGACAUAGAUCUUUCAGAGGGAAAACGAACAGUAGUCAUUAUGCCAAAUGUUUUAUCAGCAGAUAAUGACUCAACAAUAAAGAGUUCACAAUCAAAUAGUCGACGAAAAGCAUACCCAAGUGAUUUAUUUGGUCUUAAUCAAUCCACUGACAAAAGACUAGUCUCUCUAUUAGAAGGUCUUAUGUAUUUAGAUCCUAUGGAAAAAAAUGGGCCGAUGAGUGGUCAAUGUGGCCCACAGACGGAUCAAAUGGAACGAUUUCUUUCAGAUGCAUUUGGUUUCAAAAAUAUUCCGGGAGAAUUUAUUGUUGACGGUGUAAAAUCAUUUCAAUUGGACAGACCUCCGCAUACUUUGAAUCCAAAUACAGAAAUUUGUUUUCCUAAGAAUAUUGCAAAUUCAUUUACAAUGACUGUAAAAGAAAUCAUCGAUUGGCAAUGCUCAUAUAAAGUUUAUGCCGAUAAAACAAUCGAGGGAAUGAAUUUAGGAUUUCUUCAACAUGCUUUAAAAGGAAAAAGUCAAGAUGGUGAAGAAGCUUUUCGUAUGAAAUAUGUCGUACGCAUUUCAAAAUGUCCUAUCUUGAUGGAAUUUGAUGCCAAAGUUAUAUCUCGCAGUAUGGAUGAAGAUUGGCCUAAUCGCAUUAAACUCGUUUCAGUGACAGGUAUUGAUUUUGCUGGUCGAAAACAUGAUGUAAAUGAUAUUCUUCACUAUGUGUCGAAUUGGAAAGAAGUUUUCUUUAUUGAUCGACAAUCAGAUUUACCACAAAUCUAUAAUGAGAGAGACUUUUAUCGAAGAUCCAAUGCAUCACGAGGCGUACUUCAUGAAGAACGGGUUAGAAACAGUUUGGUGCGUAUGACAAGACUACGAUUGCGUGCAUGUGAUCAAGAAGAUAUUCAGAUCGUUGUUGAAACAGGCAUCGGACUUGGAGUAUUUGCUGGUAGCCAUAUUGGAAUUGAUUCAAAAGUACGAGCACUCUCAGCAGAAGCUAUUCGAACAGUACUCGAGCAAGAUGGACCAUCAUACAAAAGCAUUCGUGCUAUCGUCUUUGCUUUACCUAUACUCAAUAAAAACAAAUCUGAACGUCGUCCUCUCGAUACUUAUGAUGAUUUUAGGAAUGAAUUUUACAAAGCACAAUACAAUGGCCCUAUACCGAUACUGAUUGUUGAUCAAGACAUGCAUCGAGUAACUGUAGCUAUCGCUCGACAUGGUUUCACUGUUUCUGAGUUGAAUCCUGCUGAUUCACAUGGUGUUUUUGGUGAAUAUUGGCAAAAUCGAGGACCUGCUGUAGAAGAAAAAUUAGCUUUGACAACAGUCGGUUUACUCGUACAACAUCAUCUCAUCAACCCACACGUACUAGAUAUAAAUAACUAUAACCUGUUAGAAAUAAAUGAAGGACCUACCUAG